UUGAAGAGUUGUAUGCUUGGCGCCAAAUGUCAAAAUUUGACAUCUGCUAGAUCUAUAUGUGAUUGAUUAUUUUUUAGCAUCACAGACUUACACUGAGAAUGUUGAAAUAGAAUUAGAAAGGUAUGGGAGAAAAUCAAAGAACAUUGCUUGGGAAACAACCAGUACGUAUAUUGAUGCUGGAUUUCUCACCACCAUUCACAGUUGAAGUUGGCGAGGAUGUCUGUGACACAUUAGAGAAUCUGUUCUCACUGGCCUGUAACCUCAGUGGCCCAUCUCGUAUACCAUUCUUCAGUCUCAUGGUGCUAAACAACUAUCCAGAGGUAUUGCUCCCAUUUUCCUACGUAAGGAACAAUUACCAGAGGAUUCAGAUAGCUUUGUCAGAAGUGCGGUCCUUGAUACAAGACUGCACGGGGAACAGACCGACCCCUUGUUACUAUCAGGGUCUUGCAGAAGCUUGCAGUCAGUAUAGGAGGCAACUUCAAUCUUCCUUCCAGGGUGGAACAUUUCAUCAGCUGGAGAUUUUGGUUGUAACGUGUCAGAGGCCACACACUGUACAGAAACAAGUGGAGACAGCCUUAACAACACUUGACACAGAAAAUCUUAAGAGAAUCCAGUUAUUGUGUAUAUCAAAUGUGGGAGUUCUAUCCCUAGAUGAUAUUGGUAACAGUCAGUCCAGUGCCUCCUCUGAAAACUCCAGUAACAAUAGCGUUACCAACACUGGCUUAGUGGAAGUGAUAAAUUUGGAACCUGAUGUUCUGUGUUUACAGAAUAUUUUCUCUGGUUGGUUGGUAGAUUCAGGUACUGACAGUGAACACUUGCAUCUGAUACUUCCACCUGUAUUAGACAGUAAUGUACCACUUGUAGUAAAAUGUGACCUACAUGAGAGAGUACUGCAACCAGCACAGCUGCCAUUCUAUAACCAGUUUACAUUACAUUGUGAUUCCUCAGCAAUGAAAAUGGUAUUUCCAAGUACAAGUAAAGCUAUGGGAAUGUCUGUACCAAUCUACAAGCUACAAAUUACUGGACUUGUACCACUCACAACAAUAUGUGACUCACUUGUCUUUGGAAUGCCUAUGAUUGCGCAACCAACCUCCUGCUGGAAGAUUGACUGGGAUGAUUUGGAGAAAAACCAGCAGCUUUUCAAGUCUUUCUGCCAUACGUUGUCCAUUAAGGAACAGGCUGCCAUUGCACAUUCACUGCCAUCUGACAACAUUACAAAGUCAAGAACUGGGCACCAUCCCAGUCUCCAGCCAUCGGGACAUUUUGUGCUGGUUCCCUCUAGCAACUGUACCUUGCUGGUAAAGAGCAUAGCUGUCCAGGAACUCAUGUUACCAUAUAGUGCAGGAAACCAGGAAGAGGAAGUGGAUCAGGAAUUUGUGGACAUUGUAGCAGAAUCGUUGGAUCAGCUUGAAAUAACAGAUACAUACAACCCUUUGAACUAUUCCUCCAACUUGUAUGAGAGUUUGAAGAACAUUGGAAAGAAACCUGUCUCCCAAAGACAACAGAAAAGACCAUUGGAUGAAAACACCACAGUAUAUACUAACAAGAUGGUAACUACCAAGAGCAAUAAACAGCCAAAGAGGACAAGCGUUGUAGAAAUUUCUCCACAACAUGACAUUGAACCAGCUGACACACCUCUUGGCAAAAGGCUAUUAAAUAAGACAGCAGGGAAGACACCAAGGCGGAUGUUAUAUACAGCAUCACACAACAAAUUUCUGCCAGAGGAUGCCUCAGCUCCAGAACAAAGUGCUAAUGUACAAACAUUUAGAUCUGGGGGAACCAUGAAAACAAAAACUCCAGUGUCUUUUCCUACAUCUUUGUAAUGUUUUUAACUAGCAAGAUAGUGAAUCACAUAAAGACACAUUUAUCACGUUUUUCAUUUCAUUUAAAGGAAAGUUACAAACCUGGAGAAGCAAACUUUUGUAAAUAAAUAACAGAUGUUGAGAUUUCGUACGUUUUGAGUAUGCUUAGGAUUUUGCUUCUAGUAAUACUCAAUAAGCGUUUGAGGUAUCAAAACUUUAGCAUUAUAAGUUUUACUUGAGUCAGCCAUCUGUUCAAAAUUUGCCAUUAAAUCUGAAGUGUGUGGCAAGAAACCUAGCUAGCUGAGCACAGAGUACAGUGAGCGUUUAGGAUCAUUGGGAUGUCGGACUGUCGGUCUUCUGCAAUUUCUUAUGAGCAGAUAAACCACCGAUCCAUUUUCAACAAAACUUCCCUAUAGUUCAUUUAGUGGUUUCCUUUCAAAGUCCUUCAAAUAUAGGUCAUCCAUGCAGAAUUCUGGAUGCCACGGCAACAAAAACAAAAUUUGAGAAUUCUCUCAAGAAACCACCGACUCAGUUUUGAAAUAUUUCAUAGUACUCUUCUUUUAGUGCCCAUCUACUAGUUUCUUUUAAUUAGAAAACAUGGCAAACAAGGGGGCAGGGCUAGUUGUCCCUAUAUUCCCUAUAUGGAAAAUUGAAAAUCUCCUGAACUGCUGAUCAGCAAGUUUAACAGAAAUGUUUCUUAGGUGAUCUGGCGGCAGAGUUAGAAGUCAUAUAAGAUCUUGUCUAUGCCGUAACUUUGACAUGUAUCGAGCAGUCCUUUUUUACCUGGCAGAAAUUAUUACCCAAGUGAGACAGGGUAUUGUCACAGGACGUUGUUCCUUAAUUCAAAGGUUAAAUUACAAUAAAGUAUCAAAGGCAAGUCUGAUCUUGUUAGUGCUGUUACUUUGACUUGUAUAGAGAAUUUAUUUCAAAGUUCCUUCUUAGUGGUGUAUUUUCACACUUUCUUAAGUCAAAUGUGACUUCAUUUUAUAAAUGGGAUCGGAGUAAAUGUAAAAGCCCGCUGUUAAUCAAACCUCAGAUAUGUCAAAGUAAAGGAUUUUUUUCUAUAUAAAGGAUGUGCUCAGCUAUAGCACAUACAAGAUGAAUAAAAACUUUGAAGAAAUGUGUUUCAGAUGGCUUUGUACUCUUGAACCAUAUACAUGUAAAAAGUACAUGGCAUAUCUCUUCAUGUACAUGAUUAUGUGGCUACAGCAGCACAUUUAGCUAAAACACCUGCAUGAUUUAAAUUUCGUUAAUCUCUAAGUAAAACACUUGGUUGCUGGAAUUAGAGACACAGCUAGCGUUUCAACUAGUUCCUUGCUGGAAUUAGAGACAAAGCUAGCGUUUCAACUAGUUCCUUGCUGGAAUUAGAGACACAUGUAGCUAGCGUUUCAACUAGUUCCUUGCUGGAAUGAUGAUGGCAAAGAUUUUUCUGCCUGUUACACUUAAAUUGACUGUGAUGGAAUAUUAGAAUAUUUAAUUACGCCUGUUUGAAUAUUUUGCAAAUGUUAAACAUUACCUGUUGUUUUAGCUGAAUAAUAAACGUUAAAAGAAC